AAAAGCGUCGGUACCUCAUGGAAUGUGCCAACCUUAGAAAGAAAAUUGCGACAGAGCCGAGUUAUAAGGAAACAAUAACUAUAAACUAAUAAUAACGUUUUGACUGGAACCACUCAGAUGAUGUUUGGAAAAGACUGAUGACAGCUGACGCAGUGACGCUCGUGUAACCGGUACAAUAACGCGUGGUGCUGACUGUUGACCCGGCCCAUGAAAAAGUUCCCUUUCGACACUGGCAAUCAAAUCAACUCGUGCUAACCAACAGAGCAAUCAGCUGACAAAUUUCUUAGGGAUUAUUUGUAAAAAAUUUAUUCUUUUGUUCACUAAUAUCUGUGCCAAAAGUUUUUAGUUGCGUAAUUGUUUGUUCAUGUUGCAACUCGAACCUGCAGUUUGGGCAAGUUAGUGAGGUAACUGUUUACUGGGAGUUGGGACAGCUACUCAUCUACCACUACACGUUGACUAACUGUAAACUGUUUCAAUUGACAGGGAAUAGCAAAUUAUUCGGGGAAACUGUUCACUGUGUUAAAAUUUGUUCGAUGUUUGAGUAUCUCAGCCUGUGUCUGUUUGCAGCAGCACUAAAUUCUAGGUGGUUUUAACAACUAUUUGUUGCCGAAAGUACUUGAAAAUUAUUUGAGUAACUGUUUGAUGCAACCAAAUAUUGCAGAUUGUUUAGGCUUUAGCCCUAGGUGAUUGUGUGCUGCGAAACAGACUCGCAGAUUGUUUGUUUAACUGUAUGUAGUGACACAAACUCGCAUAUUGUUUGUGUAGCUGUAAAGUUUGACAAAAACGUGUAGAUUUUUAGAGAAUAUGUUUUGUGUUGCAUAUGUUUCGUGUUUCUGGUUGUCUCAAUAAAUUUUUACUGUGAAACGAACCUGCAAUUUGUUUUCUUAAGCGUUUGCUUAAACAAUAACUGCUGAUAGUGAGAUCAUUUUACUAACUAGACGUAGAAAUGUGAAAGAGUUCCAUUUUUGCGCAUCGUUUACCGGUUUACGGACCUUUUUCUUACAUCCAAGUUAGGCGACAAUGCGACGACGUUCUCAGAGACUAUCAAGUGAUAAGUCGCGACAGAAGUCAAGCGUUCACUACGUUGCAUAUAGGCGACUAAGCCGCCCCAAUAUGAGCAGCAUGUUGAUGUUGUUGACGCUCCUGCAGGCUGCAGCCAUGCCUGUCGUUGAUCCUGGAGUGUUUGUCAUCCAGGGGGUGGAGACUUGCGGGGAAGGGGAGGGAUACUGCAUGUUGGGCGAGGACUGCUCUGCGGACGUGGACUUCUUACCUGCAGACCCCAGCCAGCACUGCAAGGGCCUCAAGGACGGCUUCACGCCCACCGUCUCCUUCUCCUGCUGCGUGUUCAACGAGGCGGGCAAAGCGCUCACGGAGCAGCCCACGACCGAGAUGCCCUCCUUCACUAUCACCGACGUCACCCACUUCCUACAGGAUGAAAUCCCUAUCCUGGAGCACCAGGAAAGCAACGACAUCCCCGAGGGCGCCGACCCCGCCAACCUCAUCGAGAUCGUCGGGGUGAUCACGGACAUGACGGGCGUACUGGGCCUGGUGACGGAGCCCUAUAAGGGAACCCUCCCCUCCUUGACCACAGCUGCACCAAGCACCACCACUACAACCACCACACCACUACCUGCUGCAGUAGUGGACGAAUUAGUGGUGGAGACCAACUCUUCUCAUGCUUCAAUAUCGCUUGACAACUUCCUUAGCCAGCUGCAGGGAACCAAAGAUACUAGUAUUGUUGUUACUACUGAGGCAGAGGGCUCCCAAAAGAAUUCAGUGUUGGUACAUAACGGGACGAAUUCGACCAAUUCUAGCUCUGCUAUUAAUACCGAGGUGAAUAAAACAGAUCUGUCAAUGCCGAUGUUGACGUAUAGCAGUGGUCCAGCGGCGGACAUCGUCGCUCAUCUUCAACUUAACUCAAAGCCUGGAGCGUGAAAGCAACACUCCGGUGUCGUAUGGGCCCUAUUGCGAACUUCGAAAACAAUUUUGUGAUCUUAAUCCUGAUGAAUUCGUUCAAUAUGUUUGCGAUCAUGCCCGUCUCCACUGCAGGCCUGCAUUGCAAAUUUUAACAGCACACUCUAUGUUGACAUAAAAAAUACGUAUGGUUGUGGCAAGAUUUGAAAGGUCAGCGAUGAGAAGUCCCGAGAAAAUGAAUUGAUUUAUAAUUGAGUUUUCCCCUAUUUCAGUCAUUGUUUUUGAUAAUUACAAAUAACUAAUUACAAAUAGUGAUAAUAAUAAGUCUUGGUGAAUAAAUUUGAUAUAAGAAUCAAAGAGAACGAGAAAAACAAUUUACAACGGACAUUGUGCUUUUGGUGAGGUGCAACCCAAUCGCAGGUUGCCUACAGCUUGUCGUGCCGUUUGAAAGAAAUUUUUGUUCCCUCUCGGAUUCAUACAUGUCGAUUAUAAGUACACACAGAGCGUAGGUAACCUUCUAAGUUAUAUGUAUGAUAUUAGGAGCAUUUUUGACUAAUUAUAGUGCAAAAAAAUCGUCCCGUGUAUUCUAAUUUCCUUGAGGAAAUCUGGUCAGAUAAAAGUGAGUUUGCAGCAGGGUCUUGACGGUUUUGCGCAAAAUUUGCCUAGAAUUAUCAUCAAUGAACUAUGAGCCACAAGGCUCCCUGAAAAUUUAAUUAGCUGAACGAUGUAUUAGACCAGCCAUUCCGAAAAUAAUUUUCAUGUUUAUAUUUUUUGCUUAUCCCCCUCGGGCAUUGUGGUGUUUGUUGGGUAGAAGGUCAUAUAGACCGAUGCUCCGUCAGUGACAGCUACGCCGUACCUGUUCGACUGUGCUAUGAGGACUCACCUACAUUACAACCGAUGAUGUCAGCAUAACCCUAACAUCUUUUUUGCUGGAACUUUUCAACCACUGAAUCACUGACGCUGUUCCAAAGAAUUUAAAAGCUGUAACAAUUACGCCGUUAUUAAUAAACGCGAUCUUGACGCUCGGAACUUCCUAUGAACAAUCAUAUUGCCUAAGUCAGCAUCGCUCGUUGUAGCGCUCUUCGACGAAUAGGUAGCGUCAGUCGCUGUCUCUCGAGGCACUCGGGUUGGCGCUCGUCUGGACCUAAUUGGACUAUAGCAAUGCCACACUCCAUUGACUUCCAGCCACGACACUUAACAAACAAAAAUCUGUAAUAGAAGUCACCGCACUACUCGUGUGUGAUCGCAAGGAACGAAAAUUCGAUCAAUCAAGACCAAAAAUGCGCGAUUUUCACUGGCUGCUUAGUGCGCAUCUAGCAGGGAGCACAGUUCAAAGUCGCCGUUCUGACUGUCCGUUGCAUGCAUGGUAGCUGGCACCUCCUUAUAUCGCAGAAGGUUUGGAGCGCGUAUCAGGACCAACUUCCUGGAAGGUGAUUGCGUUCUCCGUCAACAGCGGACCUCGUCGAACCAUCUAUACACGUCUAUCCAGCGUCGGUGACAGAGCGUCAACGGUCGCUGCUGAUAGAAGCAGCUUCUGUAACGUCUGCUCCUUCGUUUCCGGUGUUUCAUCGACGCCCUAAAACGGAACUAUUUCGUAGAACCUCUGAAUUUUGUGCAUUGUUGUUUUUAUCUGUUCAUUUACUCGUAUCUUUUUUGCUUACUAUCAAAUUUAUUUAUGCUUUCAAUGUUUAGCGUGCCCACAAAGCUCGGUUGAACCAGGCGUCAUCACAUUCGCUUCGUAGAAUAACAAUAAUCAUCAACUUCGCAUCCUGAACCUAUUAAAUCUACCAAUAAGAUACGCAAUUAAGUAAUUUUCAGGGAAAAUGAACGAUUCAUCUAAAAAAUUAUUAAAAUUGACAGGCCUGAUAUAAAAAAUUUGAAGAAACAAUGAAUCUUGAUGAAGUGACGUUGCUCUUUAUGCAAGCUAACAAAAAUAUCUUGCGACACAAGUUGUGUCGAAAAAAGGAGGAUUUUUAUCCUUGGUCAUAUUGAAGGUUUAUUUGCUGAAGGGCCAUUUACAGGUUUUUAUGUCCUUGAAUUUUCUCCUUUCUCCCCCUCCUUAAAAGACGUCUGGAUUCUCUACUGUUACGGCUGCCCAUCGAGCAUUGCAAUUAAACCAGCCAUAUUACAACGUAUGCUGAGGGUUUCAAUACUUAUGUUGUGGAGGAAAUAGAUCUAAUUUAUUGCUGUACAUAUAAUUUUUAAGUUGCAAUGUUUAAGUUUUAGUAUAUUGGUUCUUAAUUUCCAGUUUUCAAUCAUCUUAGCCGUGAACUCAAGCAACAGGGUUUUUUUGUCAUUGAAUCUCGUAAUUUUGCCAUAGAGGUGCGUUAAUUGGCAGCUCUUUGAUUAUAUUUGUGAUUGUUUGAAUUAUAUCUGUGAUUGAAGCGUUUCGUGUUUUAUUGAAUAUUUGUGUGUGUUAAUUUCAUUAUAUAUUCAUAUUCUCUAGU